AGAAAGACGUUCUCAAGAAAACCAACGUUUCUUCUUUAUCAUUCUAAAACCCCCAAAAUAUUCAUCACAACUCAUUCAUUUCACUCUUCUUGAUUUAUCAAAUCUCAUCAAAGAUUAAAAAAAAUAAUGGACACUUCAAAUCCAACUCUUGAUUCCACCGCCGGCGACACCGAACCAUUCCUCCGCCGCACUCUCCGCCGCACCAUCCACCACACACCACCACUCCGCACCGCCACGCAUUUCUUUCGUCGUGCCAGCUCACAUCGCAUGAUGCUCCGCGAACCAUCAGUCCGUGUACGAGAACGAGCAGCAACGGAGGUGGAAAACCGGCAGAGAGAGUGGGCUUAUUCAAAACCCGUUGUAGCACUUGAUAUAGCGUGGAACUUGUCGUUUCUUGUUGUUAGUGUUGUCGUUUUGGGGUUGAGUAGUGAAGAGGAACCGUGUGUGCCGCUUAGGGUGUGGAUUUUGGGUUACUUGUUGCAGGGGUUGGUUCAUUCGGUGUGUGUUGUUUUGGAAUUCAGAAGAAGGAGAAGGGGUAGUUAUUUGGAAGAUGAUGAUUCUGUUUUGGAGAAUGGUUUACGUUGGAGUUUCAGUUCUGAGAGUGAUUCUGAUUUUGCUUCUGAGCAUGAGAGUGAGGAAAAUAGUAUUAUCAAGCACAUAGAGUCUGCAAAUACCAUUCUAUCAUUCAUAUGGUGGAUUCUUGGGUUCUACUGGGUAACUGUAGGUGGUCAGAGUUUGACAAAGGAUUCACCUCAGCUUUACUGGCUAUGUAUUACAUUUCUUGCUUUCGAUGUUGUCAUUGUAGUGAUUUGUGUUGCUGUUGCAUGUCUCAUUGGAAUUGCUGUUUGCUGUUGUCUUCCAUGCAUACUUGCUAUUUUGUAUGCAGUGGCUGAUCAGGGAGCAACCAUGGAAGAGAUUGAUCAGUUGCCAAAAUAUAAGUUUAGAAUGAUAAAGGAAUCUAAGGAAGAAGGGGAUGCCCAAGAAUCAUCCAGAGGAGUGAUGACGGAAUGUGACAAUGAUACAGCUUCUGAGCAUGUUAUUGCCUUAGAAGAUGCAGAAUGCUGUAUCUGCCUUUCUGCCUAUGAUGAUGGGGCUGAACUUAGAGAACUUCCUUGCAACCACCAUUUUCAUUGUACAUGCAUCGACAAAUGGCUGCUAAUCUGUGCUACCUGCCCUCUCUGCAAAUUUGACAUUUUGAGCACUGAUAAUCCCAAUCAAGAAGUUUGAACUAUUUACUUGUUGCAUUGACAAGGUCGGCAUAACCCUUUUCACAACAAUCUCAUAUUCACUUUGUUGCAAGUACAUUACCAGAGUCACUGACAAAAAUUGAAGGUGAAAAAAAUGGAAUUCAAUUUUAAUUUCCAUCGUUAAAUGUUAUAGACGCAAAACUCGAAAACUAGUUUCAUUUCUUCCUCUCUAAUUUUUGUCGGUAACAACUUGCUUCAUCGUGUUGUCUAUAAUCAGCGGUUUCAACCAAACCAUAUAAGGGAACAAUUUGUUUCCAUUGGUAUAUAUGAAGAAUUUGAGUCCUUUCACUUUAGCUCAUAACUUGACUAGUUACAAUAGAAAUUACAUUUCUUGCUUAAGGUUCCACCUAUUGUUUUAUUUUACAGUAUAUCUCUUAAAUGACAAGGUCAUAAAGCUAGAAGAAAAAUAUGUUGUUUUAUAUGGCAAAUGAGUGAAUAGGUGUUGUGAUCUAUGGAAAUAUUUUUUAUAGUUGAUUACUA